AGGGGACAUUAAACGAAGGCGGAAGAUUGAAUGACUGUUGAAUACUUGUCCUUAGCCUGACAUGAAGCAUCACUGCGGUCAGCUCAGAUUCUAGUUAAAACCCAACAGAGAGAAUAUUACAACAUGUCUCUGGCGGCGGAGGCUUUCGUGUCGCAGAUGGCAGCUGCAGAGCCGUGGCCUGAGAAUGCCACCUUGUACCAACCUUUAAAGGAUGACCAAAUCCUACUCUCAGACCACGCCUCGUCUCUUGCUGUUCAGGCCUACCUCAGGAUGUGCGGUCUGCCGGUGCAGGUGGUCUGCAGACCAAACGCUGAAUACAUGUCGCCAUCCGGAAAGAUCCCCUUCAUCCACGUGGGGAACCAGGUGGUAUCGGAGCUGGGGCCCAUAGUGCAGUUUACCAAAGCGAAGGGUCACUCUUUGAGCGAUGCGUUGGACGACGUCCAGCGCGCUGAGAUGAAGGCGUACAUGGAGCUGGUUUAUAACAUGCUGCUAAGUGCUGAGGUACAGAAACACCGACAUGGUCAGAAUCAGCCCGCACGCCGACACUAACACAGCUUCUACAUUCAGUGGUGCGACGACGCCACCGCGGCGGAGAUCUCCCGGCCCCGAUACAGCAGCCCGUACUCGUGGCCUCUGGGUAAAAUUCUGGCCUAUCAGAAGCAGUGGGAGGUGCGCAGGAAGAUGAACGCCAUCGGCUGGGGAGGAAAAACACUCGAACAGGUUUAUGAAGAUGUGAAUCAGUGCUGCCAGGCUCUGUCUCAGAGGCUGGGAACUCAGCCGUACUUCUUCAACAAACAGGCUACCGAGUUGGACGCUCUGGUGUUCGGCCAUCUUUUCACCAUUCUCACCACCAGACUGACCAGCACUGAGCUGGCAGAGAGGGUGAAGAGCUACAACAACCUGCUGAUGUUCUGCAGGCGCAUCGAACAGACCUAUUUUGAAGACAAAAAAGACUAAAA